CUAGCUCCUGCUCCGAUGAGCCAGGGGCAGGUCCCAGACAGCCAGGGACAGCGCCUGUGCCACAGAGCCCCCGAGAUGAUUCGAAACAGCCAACCCUAAGCCUGCUUACCCUGACUCACCGUUCCUUCCCGCGGGAACCACCAUAAAGGCUCCUGACCACACAGCCCCCUGCCGCUGCCCCCACCCCCGGCCCGACAGCGCUUCCCUGAGCGGCGGUCCCCGGUGGCGCACCCCCUCCGCUGGAGAAGUUGUGCACUCCUCGCUGAGUCCCCGCGACGCGCCCGAGACGUGACAAAACCAGGUUCCGGCCUGCAGACAUGGGCACUGAGAGACAGAGGCCCGCCGGCCCGCCCAGGGCCGCAGGGCUGGGCUGAGGCUGCCCUGUGUGAAGCUGCCCACUUCGUGGGGCAGAAACGGCUGAGUAGCGGCCCCGUGGUGUAGCCAAGGCUCCCGCUAGCAUGGUCGGGCUUGGACACAGGCCGCCAGCUGUGAACAAGCUCAGGAAGGAUUCGUCCAAACAAACGCACCCGGUGUUUUGGGUGAUGGUACAGGCUUAAGACAACAGGUAUUUCCUUUCUUGCAGUCUGGAGGCCAGAGUCUGGAAUCAAGGUGUCCCAGGGCUCCAGGGGAGGGUCCUUCCUUCCUCUUCCAGCUUCUAGGGGCUCCAGGCAUCCCUGGGCUUGUGGCCACGUCCCUCCAGUCUCUGUCUUCGUGGUCACGUGGCAGUCCCUCUGUGUGUCUCUCCUCUCCUGUCUCUUAUAAGGACACUUGUAAUUGUGUUUAGGGUCCACCUGGGUAAUCCAGGAUGGCCUCAUCUCAAAACCAUCACUUCUUCUCAGUAAGGUUCCAGGGAUUGGACGAGGACGUGUCUGUGGGGGCCCCAUUCAGUCCAGGACACGCACCACCCUGGUGUUUACUGCUGUCGUUGCCAACACACUGAGAGCAGACGCUCCUCUCGAAGCUGUGCUGAGAGCCUGGCGUGCGCGAGGCCCCGCUGGCAGCAGUGGGCAGAGAACCCGGGGACUGGCAUGGGACAUGGCGGGGAGAAGACGAAAGGGGGCAGGAGGGCAGGGCAAGCUGGGGUGUGGUGUCAAGUAUCCAGGCCAGGGACAGCUCACAGGGAAGGUGGCCUUUGAGGAAAGGGGGAGGGGCAGCGGGAGAGCGUCCCAAGACCCAGCAGGCAGAGCGGGCAGGGCGGCAACAGGGCCCUGCAGGUGGAAACCUUGUCCCUGGGCCUGGAGGCCAGGCAACUCUUCACUCCUUAAAGCCACGUGCAGAAGCGCAGAGAAGCCGGGGGACCUCGGCCGGGAACCACAGGCUGCGCGGAACACUUAUUCCACGGGCGGCACUUGUUACGCAAAUGAAUUCGAAGCUAAAUCCACUUGAAAAAUGUUAGAACAAACAGCAUCUCUACACAUAACUUCUGACUUGCACUCUGAGUCCCCAGGGCCACAGAGCAGCCCACAGAAGAGGCGAGUCCUCAGCAGGACCAGCUCAGAGCACGUAGCUCUGCGGAAUAGAGUUUAGAAAAGUAUUUUAACCCUUAAGAAUCUGUCAGCAGCUGGGGCCCCAGGGUUUGAGGCCGGCAGGUGGACGGUUGGGGUGGGUCCUCGGGAAAGGGACCAACAUCUGUGGCCCCAGACAUCCCACAGCGGCACCGCCCAGUGACCCACCGUGUGGGAUCCAGCGCCAGGCCGGGCACGAGCUGUCCAGGAACGGUGACGGCCCACUGGACACCGGCCCCCAGGCUGCUGCCCCCCCACGUCCCUCAGGUGCUGAGGAAGAGAAGGGCUGGACCACAUGGAGGAUAUUAUCUCCACCUGAGCUCAUCCCGUGACCAGGAGGGGCCCUCCCACUUCCAGCGACCUGGCCAAGCGCCCAGGUCCAGCCAGCCGGGCCCCGGGGACACGAGAGGUUUCAGGGCCCGGGGGGAGCCCUGGGCGGCAGUGUGCAGGCAAGAAGGCUUGGGGCCCCUGCACCAGACACCCCUGAGGACUUUCAGGCUCCCGUCGGACUGGGAGUUGGGGGCAAGGAUGGGGAAGCAGGCUGGCGGGGUCAGUAUUUAAAAGCCGGCGCUCUGGGUCCUCGUUUGAAUGUACGGGCAGGUGUGCCUGUCCUGAGAGCUGUGAGGACGGCCUUCCUCCAGCCCUCCCUCCACCUCCACCUAACUCGGCCCCUCCACGUACCUCGGGGAGACUGAGGCUGGGGCACGGUGAGGGCGGUCAGUGCAGGCCCCCCGGGACGCCAGAGUCCAACUCGGCUCUCUGGGGCCCGAGACACCGUCACUGCGUGCCUGGCGAGGGGAAAGCCUGGAGGGGGUAAAGGCGAGAGACCUCCCCCCGCACCUCCCACCGGGGCACAAGGACAACCACAGAGAAGGGUGCCAGCAAGGACGCUCAGGUACAAGGCAGGGAGGCCCCAGGGGUCUGUGGGAGGUUCCAGGGUCUUAAAGGAGGCAGGACCUGGGUGAGUGCGGAGGGGGCGAGGGCGGUCCCGGCAGGGGCACAGCCCAGCGAAGGGGUGACUAUGGGAAAAACUCAAGGUGUGCAGGUGGGCUCCCCGCCUCCACCGUGUCUCUGUGUCUCUAUCUCUGUCUCUGUCUCCCCUGACUCCUCACCCCAGAGACAGGGCCCUGAUGCCCCCCCCCCACUGCAUCUCUGAGGCUAAGAACAAAAGCCACGUGGACCCCGGGGAGAGGGGCCCAGGGGAGGGAGAGGCUGCUCUGAGACCCUCCACUGCCUCUGCUUCCCUGUGACGGCGUCUCUCCCCUCGGACCAGAGCAGGGCUUGGCUUCUCGCAGGCAGCAAACACCUGUGUCAGUUUCUCCCCCAGAGGACCGGGGCCCCGCCACCAAGUCCACACACAUGCUGAGGCUUCAGAGCCACACUCGGCACGACCCGCUGGCAGCGGGAGCCCCGGGUCGCAUCCCUGCCCAGGUGGGAGAGCAGGGGAGGCUGGGCACGUCCCCCAGCCUUCCCUCAUCCGCCAAACCGCCUACUGCCCCCACCAGAACAUCUGCACCCACCCUUGUCCACGGCAAGUGCAGGACAGAGUGGUGGUCCUGGCCCUCCAGGGUGGGAGGGCCCCCGUGGAGUCCCUGAGUCGUGUCCUCAUGAGAGCCCCCUUUGCCUGCAGAGACCUGUCCAGCCAUCACUGACCUCUGCGACACGGCUACCGCGGUGUAGCCGUGUCAAUCGAUCUUUGCGCAUUUAAUCUAAACAUCCAGCCGGGGGCAGGCCUGCCCACCUGGUCGGCCAUCCUCAUCUCCCUGUGUUGGGUGCAUCCUACCUAAUCCUCCUUUUACAAAGAGGUGAUGAGGCCUGAAGGGUUGGGCACUGGCCGGGAAGGCGCCCCGGGCUGGAGCUGCGUCUGUCCAGCUGCGCCGGGACGCCACCCGCCUUCCCGGGGCAGUGAUAACAACGGCAACGUCUGUGGCCUCCCUCCAGGGUCCUUCCCACCGGCCGCGGAGCCAGCCAGCAUGUUCGGGCUCUGGAGGACCUUCACCGGCGUGGUUUUCUACCUCACUCUGGCUGUGGGCCUCGGGGGGCUGGUGGGGAAUGGGCUGGUCCUCUGGCACCUGGGCUUCCACAUCAAGAAGGGCCCCUUCUCUGUCUACAUCCUCCAUGUGGCCACCGCGGACUUCCUCUUCCUGGGCUGUCAGCUGGGCUUCUCGGCCGUCCAGGCAGCCCUGGGCUCCAAGGACAGCCUCUACUUCGCCGUCACCUUUGUUGCCUUCUCCGCGGGGCUCUGGCUGCUGGCCGCCUUCAGCGCCGAGCACUGCCUCUCCGACAUCUUCCCCACCUGCUACCGGGGCUGCCGCCCCAGACACACGUCGGGCAUCGUCUGCGGCCUGAUCUGGGCCCUGACCCCGCCGGCCGUGCUGCUGCCCGCCAACGCCUGCGGCCUGCUGCGCGAGGGCCUGCGCCUGUCCACCUGCCCACGGUACCACGUGGCUAGCGUCACGUGGCUGCUGUCCUUGGCCUGCGUGGCCUGCGUGGCCGGGCUUGCACUCUUCGUCUGGGUGACGUGCUGCUCCCAGCGCCCGCGCCCUCGGUUCUACGGCAACUUCCUGGGCUCCGUAUUCCUGCUCUUCUUCUGCAGCCUCCCCUACAUCCUCUACUGGACCCUGCACCCCAUCCUGAACCUCCUGCUGCCUGUGUUCCUCCUGCUGGCCACCCUCCUGGCCUGCGUCCCCUGCAGCGCCAGGCCGCUCAUCUACUUCGCGAAGGGCCGGCAGCCGGGCAAGCGGGAGCCACUCCAGGUGGUCCUCCAGAGGGCCCUGGGGGAGGGGGCCCAGCUGGGGGCCGGGAGCCUGUCCCUGCCCAUGGGCCGCAUGUCAGGGCCGGCCAGGGUCCCCCCAACCCUUCACCAGACCCUCCAGGACCAUGUGUCAUCCCGAUCCCCCCCAGCUCACUGGCCCUGGGGACCCAAGGGCCGGGGGCAUCAGGAGAGCCGUGGUCUUGACUCCCACAUGCCCAGCCUGUGGAGUACAAGGAAGGCCUGAGGAGAAGGCCAGAGACACAGCAGCUAAGCGGGGAGUCCCCAGGACUGGGGUGAGGAUGGGCACCCCAGCUGCCGCCUCCUUCCCCCCCUGCCACCAGCUGAGGGCUGGGGUGGAGGGGAGGCCGCCCCCCAAGGCCCACGUGGGCAGCUGGGCGGGGCCUGUCCUCGCUGAGGCCGUGCUGUGAUCCUUCCACUAUAGAGUUCUCGGGCUGCCUCACCCACAGGCUCCCAGCGCCCAGGUGACCCCUGCCCAGCAGUCUCCCCACCGGCCACCAGAUGGCGCUGCUUCCUCACCAAACGCACCCAUAAGUGUGCCCGCCAAAGCAGGGUCACUGCAGAGCCUGGCGCCAGCUGGGCCCUCCCCUGCCCCUUCCAGCCCUGUCGCCCGGAACGGGGGUCCUGGACACCUGCUGCCUAGAGGGUGCUCUUGCCCCCAACCCCCAUUUCCAACUUCCCCUCCUCCCAGGAAUCCUUUGCUCACUCAUCACCCCCACCCAUCCCUGCCCACUCCUUGCAGACCCUGCCCAGCCAGUGUUUGCACCGCCCUCCUCCCACUCCCCUGGGCUUCCCUUGGGAAGGAAGGAAGGAAGGGAGGGAGGAAGGGAGGGAGGGAACUGCAGCCAUUCCUUUUAGCUUUCAAAGAACAAAUCAUUGUAUGUGUCUCUGAUUUUUUAAAA